AUGGCAAUAUGUGUCGAAAAGUACACAUAUGUUUGCGAUCUUAUCUACCUCAUUGGGUUGUGGCAUUUCCUUAUUUUUGACAGUAUUUUGGUUUUCUAUUCUUCUAUCUUUUAUUUUGCGCAAAGGCGCUUAAAAAUAUUAAAUCGUAUUGUUAAAAACAGUGCUCGUAAUGUUUCUGAUUGCUUUACUACAUAUAAAUCUAUUGCUGAUACCGUUGAUAGUAUCAAGACAGUAUUCGACUAUUUGUAUAUGAUAUACUUUGUAACCAAAUUACCGGAAUUACUAUGGUUAACUAAUUUGCGCUUGGUGGAAGUGAAAAUAUGCAAAAAACUGACAUAUAUCUGGUUCGCAAACAUCAUAAACAGCUACCUUAAUUUCAUAGUUAUGUGUGCUCCUGCGAUCACCGCUGGUGUACUAACAUCUGAAGCAAAAAAUCUGAAAAUAAAAUUACAGGAAAGGAUGAUGAUGCAAAAAGGUAAACACAAAGAGAGCUUAAGGCAGCUCGAAGAGUAUGUUUGUUCGCGCCCCUUAAAACAGUAUGCAUUACAAGUGGUACCGUUGAAUUGGUCACUGAUACUCAUACUUAUCAACUUUAUCGUCACGUACCAGAUCACGAUUGUGCAAUUCAUGCAUCUAUUUUGAAAAGAAAAAGAAAUGGG